GGCUUCCUCUCCCACCCCCACGUCCUCAACUCCAUGCUAUCAUUAUACUCCCGCCUUAGAUUAACUCCUGAUGCUAUUAUGCUAUUCAAUUCCUCUACUUAUUCCAUUGACGUCGUUUCUUACAACAUAAUGAUUAAUGGGUAUGUCAAAAUUGGGGACAUUGAGAAUGCGAGAAAGGUGUUCGAUGAAAUGCCUACUAGAGAUGAGGUUUCUUGGAGCUCGAUAAUUGGCGGGUACGCGACAAGUGGGCAGUUGGAUAUAGCGAGGUAUCUGUUUGAGAGGAUGCCGGAGGGUAAGAACGUGGUGACGUGGAACUCGAUGGUGGUGGGGUUUGCCAGGAACGGGAUGGUGGGGCUCGCGAGGAGGUACUUUGACGAGAUGCCAGAGAGGAAUUUGGUGUCGUGGAAUGCGAUGGUGUCGGGGUACGCGAUGAAUGGGGAGAUGGGUUUGGCGAGGGAAUUGUUUGAGGUGAUGGAGGAGAGGGACGUUGUUUCUUGGAGUUGUAUGAUUAAGGGCUAUGCGAUGUGCGGGAAGCACUUGGAUGCGUUGAAGUUGUUUAAGGAGAUGAUGAAGGAAGGUAAAGUGAGGCCGAAUGAAAUUACUAUGGUCAGUGUGUUAUCGGCAUGUGCGAAUCUUUCGGCGUUGGAUCAUGGGGAGUGGAUUCAUGAUUAUAUUGAUAGGAAUGGAAUGGCUUUGGAUGAUGAUUAUAAUCUUGGGGCGGCGUUGAUUGAUAUGUACUUCAAAUGCGCAGCUAUGGAGUCUGCACUUGAUGUGUUUCAUUCAUUGAAUCGAAAGAAUGUCUCAAGCUGGAAUUCUUUGAUCACUGGAUUAGGGAUUAAUGGGCUAGCAUCCGAUGCUCUGUGUGCAUUUGAGAAGAUGCAAAGAUCAGGAAUAAAACCGAAUGAUAUUACAUUUCUCGCGGUAUUAAAUGCUUGCACCCAUGGAGGUUUAGUUGAAGAAGGGCGACAGUAUCUCAAGAAAAUGUAUGAAGUUUAUGGGGUUCAACCUGAAAUCAAGCAUUACGGAUGUAUGAUUGAUUUGUUAGGACGAGCUGGGUUGUUGGAAGAGGCGGAGGAGAUGGUUAAGAGGAUGCCAAUGAAGCCAGAUGUGAUGGUAUUGGGAGCACUUCUCGGUGCGUGUCAGAUUCAUGGAAAUGUGGAAGUUGCAGAGAGAGUAAAGAAUGAGUUUCUCGAACUGAACUUGCAGCAAGCGGGUUGCCAUGUUCUAUUGUGUAAUAUCUAUGCUACUGCUGAUCGGUGGGCUGAUGUGUCUCGGAUGAGAGAUAAUUUGAAGGGGAUGGGGAUUAAGAAGAAAGCUGGAUCUAGCUCUGUUGAAUUUGACGGAGAGUAUCGUUGACAGAUUUGAAUGCAAGUGGUAAGGAUGCACGUCUAUCUUAGCACCAUUGGUGAGAGAUCUCAGUUCUAUUUCAUUUGGAUGGCUAUGUUACGAAAUAGAAUCCAACGGUAGGUGGAGAUUGCCAUUUUUUCGUCAAGCGGCUGUGGCUACUGUUCAUAGGAUUCUUGUUGAGAGAUCUCAGUUCUAUUUCAUUUGAAGGAUUGAUCUUGGUUUUACCUUUAAUUUAGUCAAUGAAGGUAACAUACGAUGAAGGGAAUCAGGAAGGGACGGCUCAUAAUCUUUGAUUCGGAAGGGAUAAACAUGGGAAGACCCAAGUUAAAAGCAAAGAGAGGCUUGCAAAAACCCUUCUGAACAUGAUCCGUGUUCUCUCCAUGAGAAAUGAUUUGGAAAUGGCUGUGCUAAUUAUACACUAGAGAUUAAAUGGAAGUUCCUGUCGGUUCCAUGACGAUUAUAUUAGCCAUGACUUGUAACUUUAUCUUCCCCACUGCAAAACAUGAGGUUAUGAAGAUGGUGGGUGAAAGUAAACAGAUUGGUUGAUCGAAAUACAGGGAAUAUGAUCUCAACAACUUCAUGCACACAAGUCUCAAAGAACUUCCAAGGUGGUACGAAUAUUGCCCAAACAAGCUGAGGGGCGAGCAUCGAGUCACCGAAGCUGAUGAUUCUUAUUUCAGCAAGGCCUUCGAAAGGAGGAUGGAGCUUCUUACACCUUCCAAGCUCAUUCCAUAAUGUAAGCGUCCUUCACAUGUCUGCAGUUUUUCUCGUAAAAAAAUU